AUGUUCAGUAGAUCGCUCAUUCUGCUAUGGUUGACCAUAUUGGUCAUACCUUCCUCAGCGGACCAAUUGAAGAUCUCACUUAAACAACCAUCCCAUCAAUGUGUCGAAGGAUGUUACGAUGCGUUAUCUCUACUCACUUUUGGGGAUAUCAAAGCGAAGAAACCAGCGAUGAAAGAUCAAUGCAACUCAGCUUCCUUCGUCAACUCUAUGGCUCUUUGUUCGAGCAAUUACUGUACAGAGAAGCAGCAGGUGGCAGGGUGGGAAUAUAUCAGGGCGGAAUGCGAAGAUUUCAAGAUCCAUCUGGAAGCUCAAGAUGUCCUGCUGGCGAAUGUCGAUAAGUCAGACGUACAGUCCGCAGAUGUAUUCGGAAAGAGCAAGAAGUAUAAUGGGACUGUGUUACUCGACCAACGUUCGUUCAACGCCGGGUACAGGACGAUCGUCUCGGAAUGGAAGAAACAGGCCUAUAGCCAUGCUUUCGGUUUCACGAUUUACCUCUUCCUGAUCCUAGCAGUGUUUAUCGGUCUUUUCAACAGGCUAUUGAGCUUUUCCGUCCACAGACAUAUCGCCACCUCUCCAGAAGAAGCCAACAUUCCCACGAAGACUGGUAGCAGCUCCAGAUUUGCAAGAGGAUACACCUGGUGGCGGAAGACUGUCACCACACCAGCAUUGUUCGGAUACAAGCAUUCCCAGCCUUGGGGUUGGGUUACGAUACCAACUAGAUUGCAGAGUAUCCUGAUAUUCUUGUUCCUCGCUAUCAACGUGAUAUUCACAUGUGUGGGGUAUGAUCUAUUUGAUGAUGAUACAGAAGAUACCAACGAUAAACAAUCACAACUUUUGGUACAGCUGCAGUACCGAACCGGUGUGAUGUGCGUAUACAACUUGCCUCUGUUGUGGAUGUUGGCCGGAAGGAAUGAUGUGGUGCUGUGGCUUACCGGAUGGUCGUAUUCCUCUGUCAACCUGUGGCAUCGAUACAUCGCUCGAUUGGCUGUGAUUCAAGCUUUCAUCCACGGAAUAUGCUAUACCAUCGAUAAAAGGAAUGAUCUCACUGAUCGAUUCUUGCAUCGAAUGUACUGGACCACGGGUAUCUUCGCUUUGAUCUGCUUCAUACUCCUUGCGACGCUGUCGAUCAAACCAAUUCGAACAAGAUGGUACGAAAUCUUCCUUAUUACGCACAUCGCCUUGGCUCUGUGCAGUCUGGUAUUACUCUACUUCCACUUGACUCACAUGAAAGGGAAGUACAAUCCCUAUGUCUGGGCUUGUGUCGGUGUAUGGUGCCUCGACCGGGUGAUACGUCUCUUACGAAUAGUAGUCUUAACGUAUAAAGCUUUAUCUGAAAAAGGUAAAAACACCAUCGCUGUCAUGUCGAAUAAUGAUUCCGGGUUGAUUCGACUAUCGAUAACGACGUCAAUCAGGAUAAUCCCAAAGCCAGGCCACUAUUACUUCCUUUAUCAUCCAUUCUCGAUAAAACCAUGGGAAAAUCACCCUUUCACAGUGGCUUCAUGGGAGAUCAACGAUAGUUCCACUACUUUGCAUUUUCUGGUCGCGCCUCAAAAGGGAGCAACGAAGAACUGGAGGAAGAGGGUGUCAAAGACUCCUAAUAGGACCGAUAACAUCAGAUUGCUGUUGGAAGGUCCAUAUGGUCACACCAACCCGGUCGAGAGGUAUGAGGGCUUGUUAUUAGUUGCUGGAGGAAGUGGGAUCACCUCGAUGCUGGCUUACAUCCAUACUCUUAAACAUCAUCGAGACAACUUGAAAGAUGUUAGGACGAAGAGCGUUACAUUGGUGUGGGUGGUGAAGAGCUUGCACUAUGCGAUGGACGUUUUGCAAAACGAGCUAAAGGAGUUUAUGGACAACUCAAAGGGUAUUGAAGGUAUAUCAGUCAAGAUACAACUUCAUCUCACCAAAGAUAUCGAUUCGACAACUUCGACUUUGGUUGGAUCACCUACAAUGUCAAGAGACAAUUCGAAAUCCACCGCUGGGUCUUGUCCGAACACGUCUGAAGAGAAAAUCGACAAGCAAGAUGGAUCGAAAGAGGCAGAGGGAGGAUCAAACACCGGAUUGAAGAUCUACCACGGUAGACCGGAAAUGCAGUAUCUCGUGGAUACCGCUUUGAGUAGAUUAGUAGGUGGUGAAAGACUGGCGGUCUCGGCAUGUGGACCGGCAGUGAUGAUUGAUGAUAUGCGUAAAGCUGUUUGCGAGUUGUAUGGAUCAGAGGAAGGUAAAGUGGAUGGAAGGACAUUGGAAUAUUUCGAAGAGCUGUUCUCGUGGUAG